UUAUAAUUUAAUAACUUAAUAAUCACGAGUAUUAAAAUGAGAUUAUCUUUUUCUUUUAAACUACACUACAGUCUAGAAAAAAUAAAUACUUUUUAAUCGCAUAACAUUGUUGUCAAAAAAUUGGCAGCGAAGAAAGUUGGGUGAAAAGUGGCGCGGAAUGAUCCAAUCCUCGUCGACCUAUAUAUCUCCCAAAUUGAGACAGCUGUCGCCCUUCAGAAAAAGACACAUGUUUGUAUCCCAGCUGUCCAAUCUAACACUCAUCACUCGAAGCUCAAAGCAAACCAAUGACAAGCUUCAACUAAACGACAAAACCCAAACUAGAAAUUGUAUAGCGAUUCCGAUUGCUGGCACUACGCUACGUGCAUCACAGCUCACCCCGCACGCUCAUUCUCAUGCUCAUGCUCAUGCUCUUAUAUAUAUAUAUACCUCUCUCAUCUCUUCCUUUUCUCUUCCCCUUUCAAUUCAUACUCGAAUAGAUAUGGAUCCUUGCCCUUUCGUGCGCAUCGCCGUCGGGGAUUUAGCCUUGAAUCUCCCGCACAAACCCCAUCUCUCCUUCUACUCCAAAUUCAAGCUUAGAGGCUUUCCCUCUCAGCUCUCCGAAAUCCCAUGCGCCGCCGCCGUCGACGCCAGGAUCCACGCUUGCUUCACUUUGAAGAAAUCGGAGCUGGAGAAGCUAGCCGAGAAAUCUUCCAAAUUUUCUUCUCUGAGAAUCGAGAUUUACCGGAGAAGCGGUGGCGAGAGCAAGGGGUGUGGGUUAGUGAUGAAGAGUGGUAAGCUGUUAGGGUGCGUUGUGGUGCAGUUGGAUUUGAAGAGUAUUAAUGUUGAGAACCGGGCCUGCCCGAUCCGGAAUGGGUGGGUCCCCAUCGGGGGCGGUGGGGAGGUGAAGCUGCACAUGAAUGUGCGGGCCGAGCCCGACCCGAGAUUCGUGUUUCAGUUCGAGGGCGAGCCCGAGUGCAGCCCGCAGGUCUUCCAGAUCAACGGGAACGUCGUCAAGCAGCCUGUCUUCACCUGCAACUUCAGCUUCAGGAACUGCACCGACAGGAAUUCCAGACCCAGAUGCUCGAUUUCGACAUCGGAGCGAGGCGCGAGAGCGUGGUGUUUGGGAUCGAGUUGGGACGAAGAAGAAGAGGUUCGCGAAGAGAGGAAGGGAUGGUCGAUCACCAUCCACGACCUGUCGGGGUCGCCGGCGGCGGCGGCGUCGAUGGUGACGCCGUUCGUGCCGUCGCCCGGGAAAGACAGCGUGGGGAGAUCGAAUCCCGGCGCGUGGCUGAUCCUGCGGCCGGGCUACAGCGCGUGGAAGCCCUGGGGACGCCUGGAGGUCUGGCGAGAGAGCGCCAGCGUCUGCUACCGCUUCGAGCUCAUCCCCGACGGCGCCGCCGACGCCAUACAGCUCGCCAGUUCCAACGUCAGCACCAAAACCGGAGGGAAAUUCACGGUGGACAUCACCACGGGCCCCACCCCCAUGGCUAGCCCCAGCAGCAGCUUCGAUUUCAGCUCCGGGUCGUCGGACCUGGGGUCUGCUGCGUCCGGGUCCGGAUCCUGGGCGCAGCUGCUGUACCGGGGCUUCGUGAUGUCGUCCACGGUGGGGGGCAGCAAGCCGGUGGUGGAGGUCGGCGUGCAGCACGUGACUUGCACGGAGGAUGCGGCGGCCUUUGUGGCCCUGGCUGCCGCCAUGGAUCUCAGCAUGGAUGCGUGUCGCCUCUUCUCGCAGAAGCUCAGGAAGGAACUCAGGCAACCGGAUCUUCACUGAAUUCCUCCGCUUCGGCUCGGCUCGGCUGACUCACGGAUGAAGUCGCUUCUCAUUUUUCCAAAUCCAUUUAUUUGUUUUUACCCUUAUGCUCGUGUGUGGACUGUUUGUGAUCUAUCUUGACUCUUUGAGUAUUGUACAGUGAUCGGGAGUUUAUUGUUUUUUGUUACAUUUGUUUAUUUGUUUGUACAUUAAUAAUAUGAUGGAUUCUUCAA